AUGGCGGCGGGCGGCUACGCAGACCUGAGGGAGAAGCUCCAGUCGCCUCACCGCGACAAGCAGCGCGCGGCCACCGCCACCCCCUACAGCAACGGCCGCAAGCGCAAGCACCACAGCGAGGCGGAGGCGGCGGCGGCCGAGGAGUGCGCGGCGGCGCCGGGCGUGUGCGGCCUGGGCCCGGGCCCCGAGGACCACAGCGACUACGAGGACAACUACGAGGGAGAGGCGCGCAGAGUGAAGCACGACAUCCGCCAAGUGCGGCUCUUCAGCCCGGACGAGUGCACCGACAUCGAGAACCAGAUCGACGAGGUGGUGUCGCGGGCCGAGAAGUGCCUGUACCGGGAGCACACGGUGGACAGGGCCCCGUUACGAAACAAGUACUUCUUCGGGGAAGGUUACACGUACGGCUCGCAGUUGGAGAAGCGAGGCCCCGGCCAGGAGCGCCUGUACCCGCGGGGAGACGUGGACGAUAUCCCCGAGUGGGUCCACAAGCUGGUGAUCAAGAAGCUGGUGGAGCACCGGGUCAUCCCCGAGGGCUUCGUCAACAGCGCCGUCAUCAACGAUUACCAGCCCGGCGGCUGCAUCGUGUCCCACGUGGAUCCCAUCCACAUCUUCGAGAGACCCAUCGUGUCCGUGUCUUUCUUCAGCGACUCGGCUCUCUGCUUCGGCUGCAAGUUUCAGUUCAAACCCAUCAGGGUCUCGGAACCCGUCUAUUUCUUGCCCGUCCGGAGGGGGAGUGUCACUGUGCUCAGUGGCUACGCAGCCGAUGAUAUCACUCACUGCAUCCGCCCACAGGACAUCAAGGAGCGCAGGGCCGUUAUCAUACUGCGGAAAACUAGGUCAGAUGCCCCACGUUUGGAUAUGAAAUCAUUAACUAGUUCCAUGUUACCGGUUCAGAUGCCGAACAGGCUGCCGACCAGUGAUCGGUACCAGGUGGUCCUCAAACACAAGCGGUCACACCGCAAGGCAGACCCUGACGCUGCUCACAGGCCGAGAAUUUUAGAAAUGGACAAAGAGGAGAACCGGCGAUCGGUGAUUUUACCGAAACACCGCAGGAGGAGCGAUUGUUCGGCCGAAAAUUACUGGCGACGACCUCCUGACUCCCCGGAGCAGGGAGAUGCCGGGGCAAUGGACAGUCCAGUCCGCAAAGUUAAAAUGCGACGACACUGAUACCAUGUUUUGGGGGAUUGGGGCGGUGGAGAGGAGAAGGGGCAGAGGAGAGGGGG